UCAUAUCGUCUCCAAAGUCUUUUAAUUUUGUUUAUAUUUUUACUUUUCUAAUUUAAUGUGAACUAAAUAAUUCACUAGAAUUAAGGAAAAGUGGAGAGGUUCUUAAUAAAUUUUUUAACAAGUUUAUACCAAAUUUGAUUGACGGAAGUGAAAAUCAAGUUCAUUAGAAAUAUUGCGUCAUAUUUUUGUUUGUGUUAAAAACAGAACUUACGAAACAACGUUAAGAAGCGAAUUUAAUAAAACUGAAAAUAAGAAGUGAACGCAUAUUGCUACAAAGCAGUUAAUUCUUUUGAUGUUAUUGGAUGAUUUUACUUCGAUGCCGCCGGAAAAGCGACCCAAACGAGGUCUCAGCGAUGCUGACGAUGAAGAUGACGAUUACAGGAGACGAAGAGACAGGAACAAUGAGGCAGUUAAGAAGAGCAGAUUUAAAUCAAAGCAAAGAACACAAGAAACAUUCACCAGAGUGAAUAAAUUAAAAGCAGAAAAUCAAAUGCUGGAAGAAAAAGUGAAAACAUUAACAAAAGAUCUCCAAUUUUUGAAGGAUUUGUUUCUUGAGUAUGCAUCAAAUUCACAGAACUCCAAAUUUGCGGGAUUAGAUUUAGAAAAGCUUUUAGAUGAUGUGCAAGAUGAUAAGAAAGUUGGAAAAAGUGGUAAAUGAUUCAUACUGAAACUUUUAUAUGGACGGAUUUAUUCUCAUUUGGUUCUUGGAAAACUUUCAUUUAUAGUUUUACUUUUUUGUUUAUAGAAUAAACAUGAUCU